UUAUACCUAACGUCGAGGCCAAACCGCCGCCGCAGCAGCAGCAGCAGCAGCCGCGAGAGAAGGAAGCGGUUGUGGACGUGGUGGGGAGUGCGCGCGUGCCAUGGCCUGCUGUGGAUUACGGCGCUGAAGAGGACCCGAGCGGAGGAUGCAGCCGUCUUUCCAGGCCGGCAAACAGGCGGCUGCCUACCGGGACCCUGCCGGCCGGAGGCCCGUCUACGCCGCCAACCCGCGAAAGCAACAGCAAGGCACCUUCCCGGCCAGGCUGGGCUCUCCGCCUGCGUCCAGCAUCAACUCGGGAGGCUCGGCUGGUGGCAGCAGCAGUAGUGGCUCGCAGGGCGACCAGCUCAGCAAGACCAACCUGUACAUCAAGGGACUCACCCACACCACCACAGACAAGGACCUGCUCAACCUGUGUGCACCGUAUGGCAACAUAAUCUCGACCAAGGCCAUUCUGGACAAGGACACUAACAAGUGCAAGGGCUAUGGGUUUGUGGACUUUGAGUCGCCCCUGGCAGCCGAGAAGGCGGUGAAGGCCCUGCAGGCGCAGGGGGUCCAGGCGCAGAUGGCCAAGCAGCAGGAGCAGGACCCCACCAACCUGUACAUGGCCAACCUGCCCCUCUACAUGGCCGAGCAGGACCUGGAGCAGCUGCUGCAGGCGCACGGCGCCGUCAUCUCCACCCGCAUCCUGCGCGACAACAGUGCACAGUCUCGGGGUGUUGGCUUUGCCAGGAUGGAGUCAAAGGAGAAAUGCGAACAAAUUAUUGCCACUUUCAAUGGGAAGGUGCUUGCUGGGUCCAAGGAGCCACUACUGGUCAAAUUUGCAGAUGGUGGUAACAAAAAGCGCACACUGUACAAGAACCACGAGCAUCGCAUGUGGCGUGACGGAGAGGGACUGCCAUACGAGCAAGGGGCGCUCUCGCAGAAUGGAGUGGGCCAACCGUUGGUGCCAGCUGCCCUUGGUGGCUACCAGCCAGCGCAACAGCGGGGCUACUCGGCAGCUGCGACGCCCACCGCCUACGCCCUGCAUGGAGGUGCAUGGAUGCAGCCGGCCCAGUACAUAAUGCAGGCACCGCACCUAGCCACCACACCACAGAUGCUUCAGUCGUCUUUGGAGCCCUUGGCGCAUGCCUACAGUCCCAUGCUGCCCCAACUGACGGCACAGAUGAACCAGCUCUCCAUUCCUGGGGCUUCGUACAUGGCGGCGGCAGGUGCACACCCGUACGGGAGCCCAGCACCCACCCUGUACCAGCAGGCCCCGCAGCUGGUCCAACAGAUUCCCCUCUCUGAGCAACUGUGUGUGCAGGAUCCGUCAAAUGGAGGCCUGGGCAAUGGAGAGGAUGCGGCCCCAUACCAGGGAUACCCCUAAGUGAGCGCAGCGUGUGACAGGCAGAGAUCUGACUGAAUUGUGUCCCAGCCAGCAGAGGGGGUGGUGUGCUGUGUCACCCGCGGGGAGUUUUCACCAUCGGCCAAUCAAAAAAAAGAAAAAAAAAGAAACACAGGACUCGCACCCUUUUCCCUUUCCUGUUUUUUAUCCUCAUUCUUGAGCAGCGGAUGACUCCCCCCUUCCUCCUAGCAGUGCGCUGUUGUGACGAGACAGGGGGCCUCGAUGUGAUGGCGUAGUGUGCUCGGUAGUUUUCCCUCCCCGUCUGCAGCAGCAGCGGGAAGGCCUGUAAAUAGCGUGCGCCAGAGGGAGGAUUUCUUCCCUCCUUUUUGAUACACACACACACACACACACACACCCAGCAGCAGCAGCAGCAGCAGCAGUGAGGGAAGCGGGGCGGCCUCCAGGUGGCGCCUCUUUGGUGCUCUUACUCCCACCCUGGCGGCGUUUCUUUGCUCUCAUUCCAUUUGGUCCUCGCAAAGGUGCAGAACCAAAGAGGGCAUAUUUUUCUAAGGUUUUUCUACGAGGCACCCUUUCCUUCGAAGGCUCCCCUUCCCCGACAAGUAUUAACACACGACGCUGUGCCAAAAAGCAGAUGGAACACACUUUGGAAAGCAGCAGCGCACACAACGAAGUGCCUGCGCCAAUGGGUGCUGGGCGCGGAGGAGACUACAGUAAGGCGCUUCUCAGGGGAUGCCUUCUCUCGAGCGACCAUGUUAUAUUCGCCGAGGGGUGUUUCUCUCUUUGUCGCAGUGUGGCGCACCUGGAGCGGACACACCGUUGUCGCAGUGCCUUCCACACGUUAGUUGCACGUCUACUUAUAUGAGGGCGCCGCCAGGGAUCGCUUUACUUUGCUUUUUACACGAUGUUUUUCAAAAGCCAGGAGACAUUGAAAAUGCACACAGUUUUGGAACCCGUUUUCAAGGUCCCCUACUCGUCACACAUUCCGCCCCCUUUUGCCCCUCCUCGAGCAGCAGCUGUGGAACAAGUGGCCCCCUAUGCAACAACAGCGUGACAUUCCACGGGGACCCGAUUCGCGGCCGUCUUCCUCGGGCGGGACUUAACGGUCCCGUGCGUGCUUGUUGUGUGUGCGUGUGUGUGCGUGAGAGACGGACUCGCUGAACUGCUCCUUUUUCCUCGCGUGACGGACAGCUUGAACCGGUGGAGCCGCCAGCCGCUCACCAUGGCCGCCCAUCGAGCGGCCUCGUUUUUGCAAGCCCCGGCUGGGCGUCGUCCCCCUUUUUUAUGAUGCCUGCUUUCCCCUCUUCCCCCA